AUGAGUUCAAGAAAAGGGAGUGGAAACUCUUUUGUAGCUGGUGGCAUGAACAACCCAUCAUCCAAGGGGAAAGAUGUAACUGGAGUCUCUAGCCCCAAGGUUGAGCAGCUAAGCCAGGGUGUCACAGACAUGUGCCUGGAUUCUGCACAAGAUGAUGGAGAGUGGGAGGUUAUUCAGAGGAAGUCUAAGAAUAGAGCUGGAAGCAGUGCUGCAAGACCCCGUGGUCCUCAAAAUUCUAAUCCUAAACCAUUUGGAGGCAUGCGGGGUAAUGCUGGAUCAGGAAGAGCCUCUGGCAAUGCCUGGGCGACACAUAAUGCUGAUUCUAGGAUGGCAACUGGCAGAGGGAAUACAAGACCCCAAACAUUCAACAAGGGUUUUGAGAACAAUCAUGUGCCUCCGCAUCCUGUCAUUCGCGCACCUCUUGAGCAUGGAUGGAAUUGGCAAUCUAGAGCUGCUUCUAAUCCAGCCAAGGGUUUACAAGAUGGCCAUGGGAAAGACAGUGUUAGCACUGAGGUCGAAAAAGACAAUGAUAUUGAAGAUGUUGAGGAUGACUCAGAUGAUAAUGCUGUUGAUGAGUCUGAUGAUGAACUUCUUACAGAUGACUUUGAUUCAGAUACUAGUCAAAAGAGCCAUGAGACAAGAAAAAAGAACCGAUGGUUUAAGAAACUUUUUGAAAGUUUAGAUAGCUUGACCAUUGAGGAGAUCAAUGACUCAGCAAGGCAGUGGCACUGCCCAGCAUGCCAAGGUGGUCCUGGUGCCAUUGACUGGUAUCGAGGUCUUCAGCCUCUAAUGACACAUGCAAAAACAAAAGGAGCUAAAAGGGUGAAACUUCAUCGUGAACUAGCUGAACUCUUGGAUGAGGAGUUGUGUAGAAGGGGUACUACUGUUAUUCCAGCAGGUGAAGCUUUUGGGAAAUGGAAGGGUUUAAAAGAUGAAGAAAAAGAUUAUGAAAUAGUCUGGCCACCUAUGGUGAUGAUAAUGAACACACAGCUUGAACAAGAUGAGAAUGAUAAGUGGAUUGGUAUGGGAAACCAAGAGCUUCUUGACUAUUUCAGCUCAUAUGCUGCUGUGAAGGCACGACACUCUUAUGGCCCACAUGGGCAUCGUGGGAUGAGUGUUCUGAUUUUUGAGAGCACAGCAAGGGGUUAUUUGGAAGCCGAGCGUCUGCAUAAGCAUUUUGCUGAGCAAGGAACAGAUAGGGAGGCUUGGGAACGCCGUCGGGUCUUAUUUCAUCCAGGUGGGAAGCGCCAACUUUACGGUUACAUGGCUAUAAAGGAAGACCUGGACAGCUUCAACCAGCAUUGUCAAGGCAAAUCUAGGCUUAAAUUUGAUAUGAGAUCCUAUCAAGAGAUGGUUGUUCAGCAAAUCAGGCAAAUGAGUGAGGACAACCAGCAGCUUAUUUUUUACAAGAACAAGGUCGCCAAAGAGCGAAGACUAAAAAGUGCUCUUCAAGAAUCUUUGGGCAUUGUGAGGGAGAAGCUCCUGAAGACGGUGGAGGAGAACAGGAUUGUAAGACAGAGAACCAAAAUGCAGCACGAACAGAACAAAGAAGAGAUGGAUUUCCAAGAGCAAUUCUUCAAGGAACAAAUCAAAUUUAUCCAUGAAGCUAGGGAUGAGAAGGAAGAGGAUUUUGAGAAGCUGCAGCAGCAAGAGCGUGAGAAGGUCACGCAAUCUAACCCUAAUGCUUCAAAUACAGAGGAAUACAGGCGCAGGGCGGAUGAAAUUGCGAAAUUCAUAAAGUUCCAGAAUGAAGAGAUGGAGGCAUUUGUGGCAGAGAGGGACAAGCUGAUUAAAGUACAUGAAGAGAAGAUGACAGCAAUGAGACAGAGGCAGUGGAACGAAGAAGUAGAGCUGGAGAAAGAGUUUGACAGUGAGUUGAGCCACCUAAUGGAGAAGUACACUCCCCGAUAGCACAAAAGUGAGCACCAAGAAUGCUUGAUUGUCGUAUAUAGGAAAAAUGGCAAAAGACUUAAAUCGGAGUUUCUGGAGCAACUUUUGAGACAAUACUGAAAUUUUCUCCUCUCAAAGAAUAUGAGAGAAAAGGUUGGAAUAUUUGAGUACAGAAAUAGUUAUUUAAGACUUGCAUGUAUGGUUGCGAUCUUAUUAUGCAUGGUGUUUGCAUGCUUGACAGUUGACAUGGUUCAGAUCAAAACUUUGAUGAUUGA